CGUAGUAUCAAUUUUCCUAGAGUCUUAAAUCAAACAACAGAUAUUCAGUUAGCACUCCUAUUUCGACACUUCUACAGAAAGACUUUCCUAUCAGCUAAAUUUUCUGUUCGAAAUCGUCGGGAAAAACUGGAUCGCCUUGCGUAAGAUGAGUAUCUGGCCCAUUCGAACACUACCAAAUUCCAAAAUGCGUAGUUGCAUGAUGGAGCUCGGUCGCACCAAUCGCCACACGGAUUGCACAUUUAUAAUUGAGGAUGAGAGCGGUGGCAGUCAAUCGUUUCCCUGCCACAAAUUGCUAUUCAGCUGCGCCUCCGAUGUGUUCGAUCGCAUGCUCUAUGGCGACUACAUUGAGUCUACUAGCGGAGUUGUCAGACUAAAUGAUGUACAACCGGAUAUAUUUGAGAAAUUCCGAGACUAUGUCUACGGCUAUGAGUGCGAUAAACUGCAGAAGUACGACUUUGAUACUCUGAUUCGCCUCUGUGAGUUUGCUAACAAAUAUCUGGUGCAAUCUCUCGAAGAGGACUGUGUAAAGGAUUUGCUGAUACGCAAGAACACUUUUGACAUGGGAGAGUUACUUCGUCUAUUCCAGUGUGCGCAUCGCAUGAAUCGCAAGUCGUUAAUAAAUCAGAUAGCCUGGGAGCUAAAGUGCACCUUCAAGAGCACCUUGGACCACUCUGGCGUAUACGAAUUCAAUUGCGAGGUAUUUAAACACUAUAUCGAAGUGAUUGCUAGCAAAAUAUCGGAGGCAGAUCGUUUCCGUCUGCUGGAAAUGUAUCUAAAAUAUAAUGGUAUCGAGGAAUUGGAAAGCGCGGGGCAAGUGGAUAGCCAGGAUGCAACUGAAGCCAACACCACCACCAUCACCACCACCAACGAAGUGGAAAAUCAAGAAUCGGAACUUCCGUCCACUAGCUGCGUUCCGCUCAAAACUGAAUGCAGUUUUGCCGUUCCAAAUAAGAAGGCAAGUUUUGUCAGCGAUCUACUUGCACUGAUUGAUUUUGGCAAACUUUCGCCCAAGGAAUUCUACGAUGGACCCGGCAAAUCCAAUUUCCUUAGCCUGGCUGAGAAGUACGAGCAUAUGUAUCAAAUCGCCAAGAACUGCGUUACGGCCAAAGAUGAACUGCAGCUGAAGAUGGCAUUGACCACGGAACAGAAGCCCCCCCUACCUUCCGAAUCCCGACGCAUAGUUCAUAUGGGAGGAAGCUUAAUGCGCGACGAACCAACGGCUUCUUCGGUUACCUCGCAUUACCUUUCCCGACCCAUCCGUCGAUAUCGCGCCUGGUCAGCACACAGUGACGUCUAAUCUCGAGAUAUAUAUAUAUAUACAUUUGUACCAACUCCGAGAUAUACUCAGUAAGAUUUUGAAGCUUCGCUUUAGCUGUGGACUGUUAGGACCUACAAUUAACUGAAUUAAAACUGUAAAUUCAUUUACAAAGCACGCAAUUUUUCUAAAAAUGCCAUAUGUGUGGAAUACACGAUGCAACGAGAAAUUCAAGUGCUAUUAGCAAAAGCAGAAAUUAUCUGUACAUAGCUUUAAAAUGAAUACCCAUAUCUAAGCAUAUCUUUUGUGAAUACAAGUCUCUAAUUCACAAAUUAUUUACCUACAAAACGUGUUAACAUAUUAGUAAUGCUGAUAAACAAAUCGACAGAGAGCAGAAAUUUAGCUUCUUAUCACCAAACUUAUUGUUCUGUUCAAAUAAAUAAUACAAAUGAUCUCGAUUUGUUUUUCUGUGUACCUCCGAUGUAUUCCUCUGUGAAAGUGAUUGUAUCUCACACUCACAAAGGCAAAUUCACAUUGUUGGAUGCCGGCAAUCUCAGAGAUUCGUUCUCCGCUCAAAACAAUUCUCAGUUGAGUUUCAAUCACGAAGCGAGGCGGUCGCAUCACAGUCAGCCAAAAAUCAAAUUGCCGGCUAAUUGAGGAAAUGGCAAUCUCCGCUUGGAUGCCGCUUCUGGUGGCGCUGAUCGUCGUGUGGAUUUCGGCAGCGGAGGUCGACGCACAGGUGCCGGGACCACGGACUCGAUACCAACCCAACUGGGCCAGUUUGGACCAGAGACCAUUGCCCCAAUGGUACGACGAUGCCAAGGUGGGCAUCUUUCUGCACUACGGCGUUUACUCGGUGCCCAGUUUUGGUUCCGAGUGGUUCUGGACCAACUGGAAAAAUCUUCGCAAUCCAGAGUACGUCCAAUUCAUGCAGCGUAAUUACAAGCCCGACUUCACUUAUCAGGAAUUUGCCAGUCAAUUCACAGCGGAGCUAUUCAAUGCCACCAAGUGGGCGUUACUUUUCAAAGAUAGCGGAGCCAGAUAUGUUGUGCUCACCAGCAAACAUCACGAUGGCUUCACGCUGUGGCCCUCGAAGAAUAGCUACGGAUGGAAUUCCAUGGAUGUGGGACCCAAACGAGAUAUAGUCAAGGAACUGGCUGCCGCAAUUCGAAAGGAGUCCGAUCUUCGUUUUGGACUCUAUUAUUCUCUAUUCGAAUGGUUCAACCCACUGUGGACCGAUGACAAAUUGCAUCUGUUAAUGCAACAGCACUUUGUGGAGCGAAAGGUGCGGCCGGAGCAAAUGGAACUGGUGCAGCAGUAUCUGCCGGAGAUCAUCUGGUCCGAUGGCGAUUGGGAGGCUCCAGCGAAAUACUGGCGCUCCGAGGAGUUCAUCGCCUGGCUAUAUAAUGAUAGUCCUGUAAGGGAUACGGUGGUGACCAACGAUCGCUGGGGCUUCGGCACUGCGUGUAUGCAUGGUGACUUCUACAAUUGUGCCGAUCGCUUCAAUCCCGGUGUUCUGCAAGCUCACAAGUGGGAAAAUGCCUUCACCCUGGAUCGCACCAGCUGGGGUCAGCGAUUCGAUGUCUCUUUGUCCGAUUUUAUGACCUCCAAGGAAGUCAUUAAAGAGAUUAUCACCACUGUGAGCUGUAAUGGCAAUGUGCUGAUCAAUGUUGGACCAACCAAGUUUGGUACCAUACUGCCCAUUUUCGAGGAGCGUCUAAGGGACAUGGGUCGCUGGCUGAAGUUCAAUGGCGAGGGUAUUUACGGCAGUGUACCCUGGAUUUAUCAGAAUGAUACCAUCAAUGGAAAUGUUUGGUAUACGCGGCAAAAGGAGGCAUCCAAUGGAAAAAUCACCAUAUACGCAUUUGUGCUGGAGUAUCCGUACGACACCAAUGAACUGGAUAUCUAUCCGCUUGGCAAGGAUAUCAAUAUAUUCCGAAAUGUAAUGCUGACUGGAAUCGAUAUGGGCACCGGUGGAGAUAUUCUGAAUGAGCAAAGCACUGAGGUUGUCAUGUUGGGCAUGGAGGAUACCAAAAUUAAGUGGAAUGCUGAUCAUAACCGGCUACACAUCGUGUUUCCACCUAAAAAUCACAUCGAUAAAAGAGGUCUUGACUAUGCCUGGACUUUUAAAAUAACUAUAACGUAGUCAUAGCCAUUUUAUAAUUAUUUUUUUAUAUAUAUUUUAAUAUUAACCAGAAAUAGUUACUUUCGCUUCGUUUUAUACGAAAUACAACAUGAUCAACUCAUAGCAUUAGUUU